GGGUUUCUCAGACUGGGAUCCAGCUGCUCCGUCACUCCGCUUGCAUUCGGCUGCAUGGAGCUGCGGACGCGUCCUGCCACUUGCGCACACCGCCAGUCAGGCUGAUACCUUCACUUUUUUUGCUGGUAUUUUAAAUGCACACACGCCAGCUUUAAAGGGACAACUUCAAGAAAUACUUCGAAGAGACUGGCUACCAACAUUUAUGGAGCACAGAACUGAACAUGAUUUGCGGUCCUUCUGAGAUUAAAUGAAAUGACAAACCGCGCACAACUCUUUGGAUCUUUGCAUGUAAACUGAAGGGCGAGUGACACAUUUAGGUUUUUAUCUACUCAAAAUCUACCUGUUGUAUACUAUCUAGGUGCUGAAGAGGACGUACAUACCUCGUAUUGAUGCAUCAAUGGAAAGCAGACAUUUGAGCACCAGACUUUAUCCACAUUAAUUUUAUUUUUAAUUCUUUUCUUCAAAUAAAGGUUUUACACAUACGUAAAACGACCAUGGCGUUGUGUGGCACAUCCUUAACGUCGAGACGUACCUUUUUUUGGCUUGUAAUAGCCCUCUCCAUGGCCUACCACAUUGUCUCCGUAGCAACGUGCAGUGCUGACUACCAAUACGCCAUUGAGGAGAUCUGUCUAGCCAAGUUCAAACUGGACAUGGAGGCCCUGGAUCGCCGUCACUGGUGCAACUGGGACGACACUGUGGAGUCCUACGGGCAGCUGACGAACUGCACCUUCGUAAUAGCCCUGAACAUGGACUGCUUCUGGCCCAACCACCUGGUCAACGACUUCUUCAUCCGCAUCCACAAGCACUACUUCCAAAACUGUGCUCUGUCGGGCCGCUUGCUGCAGGACCCACCCAGCCGUAUCCUGGGUCCAUUUAUUGUGGUGCCCAUCCUCAUCACACUGCUCAUGACUGCCCUAGUGGUGUGGAGGAGCAAACGCAGCGAGGGUAUCAUGUAACUGGGUUUUUACCCGUAGGACCCUACGGGAUUUUCUGUGGUCAGCAGUGGGAUGGAAGUGACACUCCAGAGAAUCAACGAUGGAUGUUUCUAAAAGUGACAUAUUUCACAGAAGACACAGAGCAUGAACCGUAAAGAGGGUCCCGGCGGAUUAAUUAACGAAGCCGCAGAAUCCCUCCAGAUUUGGAACAGCACACAUAUACUGCAUACCCGCAGUCCAUUGUUGGACAUUUGGAGGCUGGCCAAAUCACAUGACAGCCUGCAUGGGUAUGGACAGCAGCCCAACGCAAACCACUGCAGGAUCCCAUUUCCCUGGAAGGACAGUGACACCAGAGCCUCAGAAUCUACUCACUGGUCUUUCUUAAGCAAUCGCUCACUAAUAUUUAUGUUGCCUGGACUUCUGCAGGUAUUAUUCUCUAUGAAAAAGAGCACAUUUUAGGUUCAUGCAUUCUGUUCACCGUGCAAGAUGUAUCACAGAUAUAGUAAUAAUUACACCAUCCUAUCAAAAUUCAUAACACAAGCCCAGUAAUUAAUGUAUAUUAGAUUUUUUUGGGGUUGCCUUUGGCUUUAAUAAAUGUGCCAUCAAAAUUUGACCAGUAGAAAGCUGGUCGUCGCGUUCUCAACUUCCUCUGAAGCUAAGCUACACUACAACACCCACAUUUUAUCCUUUGCAAGCCAAAAUACUCACGUCACAGAAAUAUGUCCCAUAGAUUUUUGUAGGAUACUGUAUAUGUACACAAAACCAGUAUCUCUUAAUUUACAAGUUUAUUCAUAGCUAUAUGUGUCAGUUAUGUGAUGACAGAUAUAUAGAUGGCAGAGAAUAUUUGUUAGAAUCUCAAAGAUCUGACUAAAAUUUAAGAAAAAUGAAAAAUAAUGUUCCUCAGUAGUAAAACUGUUUGCAGCUGACCACAUCCGUGACAACCUAAGUUCCUGGUUCUAUGUUCAGUCGUACAAGUCAGAAGGAUGUCAUCCCAGAAUGGACCAUAUUUAAGGUACUGCAAAGGCAAAGGGUUUGCUGGAAGGUUCUGUAUACAGCUGGAUGAGCUUUUUCCACCUCUGUCAUGGGGUCACUAAGUGUUUAUGUGAAAGCAUCUUGUCCUGAACAGCUGAGGAACACACCAGAAAGCAGAGAAGAAUGAAUGAGCAGACAAAAGGCACAAUCCGCAGGACGUCUGCCAGCAUGCACUUAAUUCCUCACCAUCUGAUGUGCUGUUUGAUUCACCUCAGCUUUGGAGAUGAACAUAGCCUGGUCCAAUGGGAACUUAAAGCUACCAAACGCAUGUGUUAAACCAGUCUGUGACUAUCAAGACAAUCACUGUUAGUCCCACCAGUCACUGUCCAUGAAUAUCAUAAUAGGUGUUUUAUAAUAACAUUCUCAGUAAUUGUUCUGUAUUUAUUAAUGUUAUUGAAAGCAUUGAUCUGUAAAUAAAACCUGUUUAUGACAUCUGA